AUGAGCUCAACAACUGGCAAAUGUUUAUGUGGACAGAUCAGUGUUUCUGUUAGCAAAGAAGUGUUAAGUGCAACUGACAAUAUUACUCUGUGUCAUUGCAAGAACUGUCGUCAGUCUGGCGGUGCUUUAGCAUCAGUCAGUGUUAUUGCUCCCGAAUCGACUGUUAAGAUCAGCGGAGUACCAAAAAUUUAUCAAGAUGUGAAUACAGAUAGUGGAAAGCCGCUUGAGCGCGCUUUUUGUGGCAAUUGUGGUAGUCCAAUUUAUACAGCUUCGCCAAACGUUCCGGGUAUACAAGUUAUAAAGUUAGGAUUAUUUGAUGAAAUUCCGAAACCAGGAAUGGAAUCAUAUUGUAAAGCAAGACCGCCUUGGGACAAGCCAGUUGAUAAUGCCAAACAAUUUAAUACAAUGCCAACGAAAUAA